UGCACGGAGGCGCCGGUGCUUCCCGUCGGGGGUCAAGCGCAGCAACAACCGCCGCCGCCGCCGCCUCACUACAACGGCGAGCGGGGCAUCUCGGUGCCGGACCACGGCUACUGCCAGCCCAUCACCAUCCCGCUGUGCACGGACAUCGCCUACAACCAGACCAUCAUGCCCAACUUGCUGGGCCACACCAACCAAGAGGACGCGGGCCUGGAGGUGCACCAGUUCUACCCGCUGGUCAAGGUGCAGUGCUCGGCCGAGCUCAAGUUCUUCCUCUGCUCCAUGUACGCGCCCGUCUGCACCGUCCUGGAGCAGGCGCUGCCGCCCUGCCGCUCCCUCUGCGAGCGGGCGCGCCAGGGCUGCGAGGCGCUCAUGAACAAGUUCGGCUUCCAGUGGCCCGACACGCUGCGCUGCGAGAAGUUCCCCGUGCACGGCGCCGGCGAGCUCUGCGUGGGCCAGAACCUCUCCGAGCGCGGCACGCCCACCCCCUCGCUGGGGCCCGAGUUCUGGACCAGCCACCCCCAGCUGCUGCGGCCCGGAGGAGGAGGCGGUGGGGCAGCCGGUGGUGGGGUGGCCGCCGGAGGGGGAGGAGGAGGGGGCCACCUGGCGGAGCGGGCCGGCAGGUUCACCUGCCCCCGGGGGCUCAAGGUCCCUUCUUACCUCAAUUACCGCUUCUUGGGCGAGAAGGAUUGUGGCGCCCCCUGUGAGCCGGGCCGGCCUUACGGGCUCAUGUACUUUGGACCGGAGGAUCUGCGCUUCUCCCGCACCUGGAUUGGCAUUUGGUCGGUGCUGUGCUGUGCAUCCACCCUCUUCACCGUCCUCACUUACCUGGUGGACAUGAAACGCUUCAGCUACCCCGAGAGACCCAUCAUCUUCCUCUCGGGUUGCUACACGGCUGUGGCCGUGGCCUACAUCGCAGGGUUCCUGCUGGAGGAGAAGGUGGUCUGCAACGAGCGGUUCACGGACGACGGCUCGCGGACGGUGGCCCAGGGCACCAAGCGGGAGGGGUGCACCAUCCUCUUCAUGAUGCUCUAUUUCUUUGGCAUGGCCAGCUCCAUCUGGUGGGUCAUCCUCUCUCUCACUUGGUUCCUGGCUGCUGGGAUGAAGUGGGGCCACGAGGCCAUAGAGGCCAACUCGCAGUACUUCCACCUGGCUGCUUGGGCUGUCCCUGCCAUUAAAACCAUCACAAUCUUGGCAUUGGGACAGGUGGACGGAGACAUCCUCAGUGGUGUCUGCUUUGUGGGCAUCAACAAUGUGGAUGCUUUGCGGGGCUUUGUGCUAGCACCAUUGUUUGUUUACUUGUUCAUUGGCACGUCCUUCCUGCUGGCUGGAUUUGUCUCCCUCUUCCGCAUCAGGACCAUUAUGAAGCAUGAUGGCACCAAGACAGAAAAGCUAGAAAAACUGAUGGUGAGGAUAGGGAUCUUCAGCGUCCUGUACACUGUGCCUGCCACCAUUGUCAUUGCUUGCUAUUUUUACGAGCAAGCUUUUAGGGAACAGUGGGAACGGAGUUGGUUUGCUCAGAGCUGCAAGAGCUACGCUAUCCCUUGCCCAAGCAACCACCACCAUCCACCCAUGAGCCCUGACUUCACAGUCUUCAUGAUCAAAUAUCUCAUGACCUUAAUUGUAGGAAUCACUUCGGGCUUCUGGAUCUGGUCAGGCAAAACCCUGAAUUCCUGGAGGAAGUUCUAUACCAGAUUUACCAACAGCAAGCAAGGGGAAACAACAGUGUGAAGUCUGCACAACCAGCUAAGGAUAAGCAGGCAUAAGGACUCAAGGACUGUGGCAAAAGAGUGCAGGAGAGACAUACAACCAGUCUCUGAAAUCUUCUUGGUUGGCAACUUUUCUUUCCAGCCCACAGGAGCCUAAACAUAAAGAAACUGGUGAAGAGAGAUGCCCCUCCCACACACACACUUCUUGUCUUCUGCUGGACUGAAUUUACUGUAAAGUUGAGAAUGUGACUUUGAGGUUUUUGUAAAUAGCCUCUGUAAGAUUUUGUAAGUAUGUUUGUAUUUAAAUUGAAAAGCUCUCACUUUUGUAAUUAUUUAGAACUUUUUUAACCCCUUUACAGACUUUCUCCUCUGUUUUUAAAGGAAAAGAAAAAAAAACCCAAUCCUCUUGUUUUAUUUUUAGGGAACACUUGAAAAGUAGGAACCAAAAUGAGCCCAAUGCCCUUCUCUGUCCUUGGUCAUCCCCCCCCCCCCGCACAUCCUACAUACGAGUAUGUCACGAUGACCUUAUUAAACCACUCGGUCCAGGAAUUAAGUUGAUUGAUUCCUAACUGGCCAUAAUUCUGGAAUCAUACUCAAGACACAAACACCCCUUGUGUCAGUAAAACUAAUGGGAAAGUUGUUCUGAUUGUGAGUACAGAGAUGUAGCUGAUUUGAUCAGUGCUGCAUAUCAGCAGCUGCAACUGCCUUCUUUGCUUAAGGAUGAUCUGAAGGAAUAAAGGAGCCAACAGUUUAACCUGUUCCACAUCUCCUGUAGGAGGAGUGGGAAGGGAAUUGCAUGUUACUCAACUGUGUGCCAAGCCCUUGCCUAAGAAAACUUUCUCUAAUCUGUAAAACUCUUCAUGAGAGCAAAUACCUGAACCCUCCCUGAAAGGUGUGACCUGUUUUAAAGAAAUAUAGAACUGGCUGGUUGUCACAGAUUAUCACCUGCGCCAAACAGCUACUCCUGUAACAUGUGUCUGAAAGUUUGUAAGAACUGUAACUUUUCCUGUUUUUGUGUGAUAUAUUGAACCCACAGUUUGCUUUUUGAGCUGUGAAGGAACAGUUUGUCCCAGAUGCAGAAACCAGGCCUUUCAGUUGUUGUCGUUACCCUUUAGGGAGGAGGAAUUUGUGCAUUCCGGUUGCUUUUAAGGUAGAUUUUUGGUUUGAUUUCCCUGGUUGUUCAGUGUGCUGGGAAGGACUGCCGGGAAGGCAGGAUAGAGCUGAUCUUGUAAACUAAUGCAGUCUGGCCAAGAAUAAACCCAUUAAAAUUUUGUAGCAGCUAGGAUUAUCCAGAUUUUCAAAGUAUUUAUAACAUUGACAUUUCAUUCCUACGUAUCUUUGUAACUGGUAAGUUUUAAUUCCAUCUUGUUAAUAGGUGAUUGAAAGGCAUGGAGAUUUAUGCCACCAGGGGGAAAAAUUAACUGAAAGAUAUGGUAUGAAAACCCAAAGAAACUACAAGCCUGAUUUUUCAAUAUCAUAAUUUAUAUGUAAAGCUAAAAAAGCCUGUGUAUGAUUGGUUUGUGCUCUCUCUAAAGCGUUAUGGCUCAUAUUUCCUUAAUAAGAUGUGUCAAAUUUAACUGGCAAACACAUUUUAAUAUUCAAUCCUUUGUACAGCAGAACCAAUUUGCUGCUCUGAUUGUACCGUUUCAAACUUUUUAAAAUAUAAGCACCUGUCGUAAAUAUUAUCUAUGACUUACCCUACUAUAAAAUGCAUAGCUGUGUGAAUUUGGUAUGCAUUUAUUUCUGUUCAAUAUUGAAAGAUCAUUUAUAU